GUUAGCAACCUGAUAGGACCUCCGUGUAGAGAAAUGAUCACCAUGCUGACUAAAGGCACGGCAAAGCCUGACACCAUGCUAACUCAGAGUCUGGCUUCUGCUCCCAGUAUGGAUUUCUUUGGGGAGAGAGUUGUGUCCCGUCGAGAUGAAGUGCCGGCCCUUGUGAGGAAAAUGCACCAGAGUCUCUCCUCCAACACACCUCCAGAUGACAGGCUGUUUAUCAACAUUCUGAGGCUGACUGAUAUGUACCCUGCUGAUGUUGUGUUCACCCUCCUGCGCUGUGCCCCAUCAUGUGACAGAGCUGCUGCAACCCUGUGGAAGACCAUCGCCUCAUCGGGAAUGACAGUGGAGAAGGUGCUGCCAAAGCUGCUCCGUGUGAUGGAGGACUGGCCACUGCACAGCACUUCCACCUCUGACGGGGACAAAACAGAUGUCUUUGCCCUGGCUGCAACCAGGGUGAUUUGGGAGAUCCUCCGCCUGCCCUGGUGCCCAGAGCCACUGGUGAAAUAUUCCCCCCCCCUCCUUGUGCAUUUGCUCUUCCAAGUCUUCAUCAGCACAAAGCAGAUGCCGGAGGAGGUCAAUGCCUUCUGGAGGGGAUGCCGGGAGAAACGCGGCCUUCCCGCCAACCCCAACAGGUUUGCAGGGCAGACUGUGAAGGCACUGCUUCGCCGUCUACGGUGCCUACAUUUGGUGAUGGCAAUGGAACGGAAGCGUGGCUGGGACACGCUCCUCAACACUGACACCCACCACUAUGCAGUGGGUCUGCUGGCCAGGGAGAUGCGUCGUGCCUCGAGCCCCUUGUGUUCCCCGGUUGCCCUCUGCCUGCUGGGGCUGCUCAUCAGGGAGAAGCCACGCUGGGAGCUUCCUGCCAUGGCAUUCCUUGUGGAGAUCCUGGACUGCCUGGACAUGACUGACUGCGGUGAAAGCAUCCUGGAGAUCCUUUCAAGGCACCUACAGAGUGAAUGCAAAGAGAGACGUCGCCUGGCACUCAGAGGCCUCGUGGUGCUGAGCAAGGAUCCUGUGAUGGCCACAAGAAUGUGCAGCCUCUCUGAAAGCCUUGUGGAGCUACUGCAGGAUGCAGAUGUAGAGGUGCUCGGGAUGGCCUUGCCGAUGUUCAUAAAUAUGCUGCAGAACAAAGACAUCCUAAUCUCCAGGCCCACUGCCCCGAAGCUGGCUGAGGCGCUCCGGCCACUCUUUGACAGCGACAACAGCCAUGUGCAGGUCCUCUCCAUUCGCCUCUUCCGAAAGGUGAUGGAGUUGGUAGUGGCUGAGGGAAAGAAGCCCCUGGGGAAAUAUGUGACCCAGAGCCUGCUCCCACUCUUUUUGCACUGGCAUGAGGAGAAACAGAGACUGGCAGAGGCCUCUCGGGAAGCGCUGCUUGGUGCAGCCAAGUUUCUGAAGAGGAGGGAUCUCAAUCAGCUGCUGAAGACAGAGCAGCCAUUGAAAUUUAGGUGCUUGCGGGGACAGCCCGAAGAGCUGCAGGUCAUCUACGAGGCCCUUCAAGCCAUGAGAAAAGACAACUGCCCCUCCUACACAAGCGUGAUGGUUCAAGCCCUCUUUGACCAAAGAGCUGCAGUAUUAAAUUCAUCUUCUGCAUCGAGACAAGCGAUGUCCCUAGAAAAGCACCAGAUACCAUUCAACAGGAGACCACCUGGAGACCAGAGGAAACCAUCUGGAGCUCCAGGCACCGAUGCCAAGCCCAACUGAGCCUGCCAGGAAGGCCUUGUGGCUCCUGGCCUGUCCUUCCCUCUUGACCCGUCCCUGCCUCCAUACUGCUCCAUCCCUUUAGCCUUCAGACCCAGCCCGUUCCCUUCUCCUGCUCCCAGCUCAUCCCUCCACUUCUUCUUCCCUUAAUAAACAGUUGGGUUUCUCCCCAAAUCUGCAUC